UUUUAUGUAUUAUCCAAAUGAGUAAAGUAUCACCCAAAUGCCCUUUUAAGUGUUGCAAAAUUAAAAAAACUAUAAAUAUAAAUUUGCAGAAGCUGUUGUGGUAGAAAAUAUUUAACGGACAUCAAAAGAAGGAUUUAAUACGUGGAUUAGUUGUUUUUAAAAGUCACUUCAAACAGCGGAAUCUGACAGAAAACAUGGUGUGAAUGUGGUGUGACAGAUAGGAGAUGACAGGAAAUGGGAUUGUGCUGAUUUCUCUCACCCUGGACCAAAUGGCCUAAAUGAGAACAUGUGAGGAUGUUUACAAAUAACUAAAUAUAUAUAUAGAUGCUGCAUAACCAUGCAGGGCUUUCAGGGUCAAAGUAAUCUCAACAUUCAUUUCUCUUCUGGUACCAUUUGUGCUCUCUCAUGGCCGAUAGAAUUGAGGAUGUUGACAACUUAUAUUAAUGAUUGUGUGAUAGCGUGAGAAGCCACAGGGCGGUGAAAAGAAGCCCAAUGAGAUGUAAAAGAUAAAACACACACAGCCUGUGGUGAAGAAAGGGAGGUAGGGAGGAAGAGCCAGAAAGGGAAAGAGGUGGUGUGAACACCGUCUGUCAAACAGGAGCAGUCGAGGCAGUUGUAGAGAAGCUCCAAAGAACCAGAGGAGAUUAAACAAAUCAGAUCUUUUGGAUCUUGUCUGCAGAAGAAGAAAAAAAAGUCCACAAGCUGCAGACUCUCAUCAUAAAAUGCUGAACUGCUCCUUUAACACCCUUAACCAAACCAGAACCACAGUUUUCAGCGGGCUGGGCUGCCCUGAAGCUGCCGUGAUCUGUGGGAUGAAUAUCUCCUGGCUGUUGUCCAGCGCUUCAGAAGAGGACUUAAAGGAAAUGUGCCUGAGCGAGGACGAGUACCUGACCACUCACAUGGGGCCCCGGACGUCCCCGUGGUUCUUUCCUGUCACCGUCACCUACCUCAUCAUCUUCAUGGUUGGUGUUCUGGGGAACUCCUUCACCUGUGCGGUCAUCCUGCGGUACAAUGUCAUGCAUACGGCCACCAACUACUACCUGCUGAGCCUGGCCGUGUCCGACCUGCUGGUGCUCCUGCUGGGCAUGCCGCUGGAGGUGUAUGAGAUGCAGCAGAACUAUCCGUUCCUGCUCGGCAAGGGGGGCUGCUACUUCAAAAUCUUCCUGUUUGAGACCGUCUGCUUUGCCUCCAUCCUAAACGUGACAGCUCUCAGUGUGGAACGCUACGUGGCGGUCACCGAUCCCCUGAAAGUCAAGCACAUGGCCACGCGCGCUCACGCCAGGAGGGUCAUCUUCAUGCUGUGGGGGCUGUCCAUGCUGUGUGCUCUGCCCAACACCAGUGUGCAUGGGAUUGAGGUCCUGUCUCCGAGGUUUGGACGAGAGUUUCCGCGUUCUGCAGUCUGUAAUAUGAUCAAGCCUGACUGGAUCUACAACCUGAUCAUCCUGAUCUCAACUCUGGUGUUCUUCAUGCUCCCCAUGUUGGUCAUCAGCAUCCUUUAUUUGCUCAUUGGCCUGAGGUUACGCAGGGAGAAGCUCAUGGCAAGCAUGGAUGCCAACCACAGCUUUGGGCCCGGAAGUGUCUCUAAGUCCCACCGGCAGAGGCUGACCAAACGGAACCUGCAAGUCACAAAAAUGCUCUGCGUGUUGGUGGUCGUCUUUGGUCUUUGCUGGGCUCCCUUCCAUGUGGACCGCUUGACAUGGAGCUACAUUGACAAGUCCUCUACUCAGCACCAGAAGAUCUUUGAGAAAGUUCACAUCGUCUCUGGAGUCUUCUUCUACCUCAGCUCUGCGGUCAACCCCAUUCUGUACAACCUCAUGUCUACCAGGUUCAGAGAAAUGUUCGGCCACCUCACGUGCUGCUCCAAAGCCUGGCCAGCCCGCUUCCGGUUUCAGAUGACUCGGCGCAGCACUUUGAGAAAAGAAAACGACCAACACUCAUAAAUUAAUUUAGCUGUUCUGAAAAAAAUGUCAGAAGCAAAAACCCAGAAACCACGAAAGAGACGUUUGACAGAGGAUCGAAUGUGUGACGGCAUGAAGGGUUCAGAUGUGAACUUGUUUAGGAACAUCUGAGAUCCACCACUGUCUGCAGCAGCACACAUUUUAAAGGUUAAACAUCUUUAAGAAUACUUGUGUUCCCUAGAAACCACAUCACAUCUUCUCUUUGUUUUCCUCACAGGGUUAAAAAUAGAGAGAACACUGAUCACGUGAUUGUUCGGUUCUAAGGAAAGUUGCCUUCAUUAUCAGAAGAAGACUCUACUGUAGUGUCGUUAUAGUGUUGAACUCUAUCCUCGUCUAAUUAAAAUUCAGGGCUUAAAAUGCAACAUGUGAGUCUUGUAAAACUGCACUAAGAAAGCUUGUGGAAUCUCUUAUCAGUGGGAUGAAACCCUACAAGGUUAAAUUUUGUGAAAAUGAAUUAAUUUAUCAAGAAAUAUAUAUAUUUAAAAAUAUGUUAGCUCAAAUGUAUUCGCUCUGACUGAACCAUUACAAGAAAUGUAUUGUGUAUCUUUUUUCUUCAUUAGAUGUAUGUUUUUAACUGCUGUUGUAAGUCUGAAUAAUGAGCUGAAUUGUUGUAAUAAAGUUGUUAAAAAA